CAACGAUCAUGUGACUGAUCAAAAUGGCGUCAAACAAGAGGAAAACAACCACGGAAAUAAGAAAAUGUAAACACCAAAUUUGUGGUUAUAAUUUAUAUGUUUGGGAAAGAAAAACCCAUGCAAAUUCAAUAUAAGUAGUAACUUUCGACGAUUUUGAAUUACAGUCAAGCUGACAGCUACAUGUCAGGAUAUUGCUAUGUCAGACAGUACCACAUUACAGCCUGAGAGGAUCAUUCAUGUCACCACGGAGACAGAGUCUAGGGUGUGGUCACAAGGGGGGAUAACUGAUGAAAGGGAGGAGAGUAUAGACCAGGAAUCAAAUGAUAUUGGCAUGAGUAUACUUCAGCAUGGAACAUCAACAAGAAAUAUCCACACCUACUUUAUGAGUCUAGAACAAAGAAAAUGUUGUCUUUUGCUAGCAGCAUGUAAACAAAGAUUUUUCAGUGUCAGACUGGUGAGAAGUGAUGGUAGAGACAGUGGUAUAGAGGAAGGGGCUAUGAUGAAGUCUAGUGUAGGAAAUGUUGACACAGUCGUAUGCCUUAAUGCCGAGGAGUUCCAGGUUUUCCAACACACCCUCAAAUGUGCUGCCUUUCCUGUACUUGGGGCUCCAGACCCGCCAUCUGAAGCCACACCCAUUCCAUCUGGGGCACUUUCAUCAUUUCAUCCUAAAAGGCAUGAGUCUAUGGGUGUUUUACAAUAUGAUCGCAACAUGACCCCUCUCUCACUUAAUGACAGCGGGGUCGAGGAACAGGAAGACACUGCCAUGGUUCCCGCAGAAACUUUGUGCGAACUUUUAAGACGUGCCUUCAGACUCACACAAGAAAAAUUUAAUCAGUAUGAAGAGAUCAUAGCUUCACAGUUAGAAAGGAAAUCUCCACAAAAAAUUUUAGCAGAAGAGCUUGUACGUCAGCUGAUUGCCCUAGAGAAUAAUGAGAACCAGUAUUAUAAUCCUAAAACUUUCUUGAAUCGUAUAGGAUAUGAUCAGUGGCAACAAAGGGAGAGAACCAACAUUUCAGAUCUUCUUAACAAGUUCUGGCAUUUUUCUCUACCACAGCUUUCAGAUAGAUCUAUCAAGAUGAAGUCAAUGCACAAACAGUACAGAAAACUUUUAGAGAAGUUGAUAAGUUAUGAGUCACCAUAUCGGCAACAGAAUGAACUGAUUGCCCCACCCCCUACAUCACCACUAUCGUCUGCUUCUGUCCGUCUGCUCAAAGAGUUCGGAUUGAGAUAUGGUGUGGGGGAGCAGUACAGGAAGAUUGUGUAUUUGAACUAUUUGUCCUUGAACUUUGACCCUACUGUAUGGUUUAUUCAUCAUGUUAUGUCAUCUUUGACCUCUGUCAUGGAAUCCAUGCCAACCAAAAGGUCAUGUUUAAUCAUUGUAAAGGAAGAGUAUUCAAUAUUAGAGAACAGUUUAUAUCUGCUGGAAGCCAAAUCGUCUGCUGCAAUAUCGAAGAUGAAAACUCUCUACACAACUAAAAGACCACUAGAUGGUGUUGAACCACUCAUAGAGUUGCUGUCACUUACAUUACAAGCCAAGACGUAUCUGUUGCUGAGUCCUAAGGAACAACUUGGAAACAAAUUAUUCAAGAUAGUGCAAGCAAUCUUCCCUACAAUGUAUGAGCGACACAAGAUGGUGGCUGAAGAUGAGCUGCGUCACAACAAGUGGGACACACAGCUUAGUCCCCAGCUUUUAAACAUGAUGAUAGGUCAUAUAAGAGAUGAGGUGACAGACUACAAGCACAAUUACCAGUCUGCUUUUAACAAGUAUUUUAACAUCACGGUAGAGGCAGCACAGGAAUUCUACAAACUCCUCAUGUCAGAUGUCAUGGAGUUACUGAAACAGAAUAAACAAACUAAUGUUUUGGAGAUAAACAAAUUGAUGUUGAGUUUGGCAUAUAGACUGAACCAGUUAGACCAAGACUGGGCAAUCUAUAUUACUCCACAGAUGCAGACAUGGCGUGAUCUUUUUCUGAACGAGGCUCAGCACUGGGUGGGAAUGCUAAAGUUAGAUAUGCAAAAGUUGAUCACACAAACUGUAUCUGCUGAUAGGUAUCCAGUGUGUGAGUUAAAGUGGACUGGUACCUUACAGUCACCUAGUCACAAAACUGAAAGACAGAGAACCACUUCUAAAUCAUUGACACCAUCUUUAAAUAGUGCAUUUACAUCACCGUCUUCGCUCACAUCUACUCCGAAUAAUAUUCGAGGACAGCACCAACCGUCUACAGAUCAAGCUGAAUCAAAGGGACAAGAAUAUACCAAACCACCAGAAUUUCCUAUACAAUCUAUAUCCGAGAUGCAUUUUGAUUCAGCAACGUCACUUUUAGAAAGACGUCCUAGUUCUGACCCAGUUAAUAUUUCCCAGAGUUCAAUGUUAAAAGGUUCUUAUUUGGGUGAUAUGGCAAGGUCAUUAGGUCAUUAUGAUGAAGAUUAUUUACUCUCUUUUGCACAUCUUCGGCACAGCAGCUCUCUUCCAAACAUUCAGUCAAGUGAAAAGUUCAUAGAAAUGGUGCCAACUUCUUUUAAUGAAAAUAGAAAUGCUCCAGUAAGGAAAGGUAUACAAAAAUCAUCAAAGCAAGAAUUUCACAGAAGUAAUUCAAAUGGUUCCCCAGAAAUUUCCAAGUUUAUGAGCUCAAAAAUAGAAAAGAGUCAAAAUGAAGAAUCAGAUGACAGUGGGACAAUAACAGAUGACUCUUGUUCACCAGAGGGUGACUUCAAUUUUCCUCCAUUACAGGAAGUGAUAUCAUCAACACCACCUGGUGGUAAUUCUGAAAAUGCACCAAUCACAGUGAUAUCAGAGAUAGCUGGUAAUGUGGCUGUGAUGAGGCCUGUGGUACAGACAGUUUCUUCUGCUUUUGUUCCUGUUAAGCCAGUCAUUGAAAUCCCGCCUGCUCUUAGUACAUCAGCUUUUACUCACAUUGUCAAACCAGAUGUUAGAGUAAUAAAUGAUAACCAAACAAAACUAUCUCAAUCAAAAAUGGGUAUAAUUACCUCAAAGAUUGUCAAAUCUCAAACUGUGCAUUCUACAAAGUCAGUGCCAUUUAACAAGACAUUUGACAAUCCAGUCUCCGGUGAUCAUAUAACUAAAACAACUCUUAAAACUCAUGCAAGUAAAUUACGAGAUUCUGAAGCUCCUCAUGUUACAAUUAAUUCUCCACAUAUUGAAGACUCUUUUACAAACUCUCUGACAUCAAACAUUUCAUUACCCCACCCAGCACAUGGUUGUGAAUCAGUAUUAACAACUCUACCAAUUUCAAGCUCUGCUGUUGAUGUGAUUAUUAUUUUACAAAGACUUGUAGGUAUUGGGAAGGUAUUAUGUAGAACACUAGCACCUUCUAGAGCAGGCUAUGAGUCAGACCAGUCAGUGCUGACAUCAGAUGAAUUUCCAAGUCCACCAGUAUGUACAAAGUCAAGACAGAAGUUGUAUGAUUGUUUCCUUGGUGCAAUAAGAGGAACAAUAACUGUAUAUGCUGAUAAUAUGCUGUGUAUGGACCUGUGUGGCUACACAAGUUACCCCCAAGAACUGGGGGGCCCUAGGGAAAGAUGUAUGUGUGUUUUACUUGAACAGCUGGUAGAAUAUUUGAGAACACAGCAGGCUAGUGGACUUGUAUGGGGAUGUAGACAUGACUUCAGUGAAACAAGAAACUGUUUUGAAUACUUGAACAAACAAAGUGCUCUACUGUGUGAUAGACAUGAACCAAUUACUAGAGAGAUGUGUGUGAGAAUGAACAAUGUAUGUAUGAUGUUGACAUGUCUUGAUUGGUACCACCAUUGUCUUGGUAAUGCAUUUGGUAUCUAUGGUGAUCUGUCAGUAAAACAGAAUAGAAAAUAUCUGCAGACAUCAUUUAACAGUACAGACAUGUUGAGAAGUGAGUUUAUAGUUGUUGACAGCUAUGAUUAUGACCCAGCUAAUGAUAGUUCAGAUGUGAUGGAGACUGCGUCCCAGUUAUGUCCUAGUUAUAAAUCAACAUCAGAUCACCAGAUAUUGGUAACAAGUCCAAUAGAUUCUGACAGGGACCAUUUGAUGGCAGUUUUAAGAGCAUUAUGCAGGAUUAUGGCAUAUAGAUUAAACUUGUUUGUAUGUGAUGCUUUACCAGUUCUCCUGAUGUUAAAGAAUGAUGAUAUUCCUAUAGACAUAGGGCUUAAACCUAUCACUGACUUCCUCACAAGUUAUAUAAGUACAAUAAACGGCUGGCUCUACAAAGAUCCCUAUGUCAGGGUGCUUGAAUGUCUGUGGAUUUUUAUUGUACAGGAUUUUGAGAUAGAGCUGAGUAAAGUGGAGAAGUCAGAUGACAGAACACAGAACAAAGCUCAACUAUUACUGCAAGCUUUAGCUCAUUUACUGAAGUUUAUGAACAAUCAGCAUGAAACAUUGAGAAGAGAGUUACUGUUGUCCCAAGCUGAUGAUGUAUCAUUUAGAUUGAGUUUAUAUUCCCUGCCACUGACACAGUUGAUUGCUAUAUAUAGAGGUCUCACUAGAGAUAUUGGUAAUAGUUCUGAAGUAAGCAGUACAGACACACAGUAUCAGUCUAUUCUGUUGAUAAGAACAAGACUAAAACAUGACCUUCAGACAUUGAGGAAAGGAUUUAGUGGUACAGAACUUAUAGCCUGGAUUCUCGAUAAUCAACAUCUUUUCCAUAGCUUUGAUGUAGCACUAUCAGAGAAGGGAACCACAUUUACAAGACAAACUGCAAUUGUUAUAGCACAGAGAUUUUUAGACUGGAACCUGAUUGCAGAUGUAGAAGGAGAAACAGUCAGGGGAAGGUCAAGUCCAAGUGGAAGUUUAACAGAGGUUGGGUAUCCUUUCAUGACUGUGGAUCAUGUUGACUGUGGACUGUCAGGAUUAAGUGAACGCCCUUUCUCUAGGGUUAGUAAUGACAGCACUCCUAGGGCAACACCUAAACCUACCCUCAGGGCUACACUGAGGGCUUUUUCACGGCAGUCAGGUUUCAAAUCAACCACUCCUGGUAUCAGAGGUAUUGAAAAGUCACAGAUUAUUAGUUCAGAAAGGUCACAGAGAACAAAUGACUCAGAUAGAAAUUCUAAAAUUGAAAGGUCUAACAAUGAAGCAGUGUCGUCUGGGAAGCAUGCAGGCAAUUCUGGGAUUAUAAGUAAACAAAAAACAAGUGAAAGUAGCGAAGAGAGUGAAAGUAGAGGAAACGCUUAUGGUACAGAGGAAAAUGAUCUUCUAGAUUCAUUUGGACCUGGCUCAAUUGACAGUGACUUAAAUCAAGGAUUUCAACAUUCAAUCCCACACUCACAAGUUUCGCAUGACUUUGACCCAUAUUAUAUGCGUGAAACACCUUUAUCCUUAACAUCAGCAAUGUCAGUUGAUUCAAGAAAUGCUAUCUUUUUUGAAUCAAGUGAUAACUUUUACUAUGUGUGUCCAUAUAUUGGAGAUGAGCAAGAUCCUACAUGGUCAAAUUAUGAGUUAUUCCAUUUGGUAGAGGAGUGUUUUCAGAAGAAGGUCACUGCAGACUAUAUAUUGAGAAUAAUUUACAGCAGACGGAAAAAUGAUCCAAAGGCGAGAACAUUUCUUAAGUCUUCACCUGUUGAUAUGAUUGAGAAAAUCCGAUUUGGGACUUCACAGGAAGAAAUACCACGAUGUGUUAGUAGUUAGAGAGGUUUUUUACAAUGAAAUCAGUUGUAUGAGUCACGGAUUUUAAAAUUUAUGAAAGAUUUGGAAAAAAAAAUAUACAUGUGAAUUCCUUUUUAGCUCAAUUACAUAAGAAACUAAAAUUGUUUUUACUCUAUUUCAUUUUUUUAUGGACAUUUUGAGGAAUUUUGUUUGCUUUUCUAGAAAAAAUGUUUGCACAGUGUUAUAAUUAAAUGAUUGUAAGACUGCAAAUGGGUAAAACUGUGUUUAACAAAUUUUUUUUUUUUUAGAAAAUUGACCAUGAAAGCUACUGCCUAGAAAUUGUUUAUACCUUUAUAUUAUGAGUGUAGCUGUUAAACUACUUAUUUUAUGAUAGAUGAUAUUUAGCAUAAAUAUAUGUAUCUUGAUGAAAGUUAACAUAAUUUCUUAAUUUUAUGAUCUGAUUAUCAUGUUUUGGCAUUGAAUUGUUUAAUUACUGGAAAAUAAAUUUUUCUGCAUUCUUUUAGACCGAGAUAUAAGUAAGUUUCUUUUCUAAAUAAUUUUGAUGUUUAAUUACAACAUGACUUUUUAGUAAACUGUUUUAUGUAUAUUUCACAUACCUUACAAUCCUGAUUUAACGCCCCCGGGGGCAUAACAUUUUUCAAAAGGGAGGCGUUUAAUAAAGAUAAAAAAGAGAGUCUCUCUUCAAACAAUGUAAAAAAAUCCACAAAAAAAUCAUCAUCCUGUCAACCCAUGAUACCUUUGAUCUACACCGUGAGCUCUAUCUAAUUUUCCUCCUGAAAAUUCCCCCAAAUCCUGCUUGCAGUAAUGUUGACACCUUUGAUCUUGCUGACAAGCUUCAUUUUCUUUUAUUUUCUUUGUUUAAAUAAUACACAUGUUUUCAAAAGUGGGUGGGGGGCGUUAAAUCAGGAUUUUACGGUAAUUGUGUUUAGUGUUUUAAUGUUAUUCUGUUUGGGUUCAUACAAAAUGAUAUCUUAGAUGAGUAAAAUACAUAUCACAAUGUUUAUCAAAUCACACUGAGAUUUAAGCCACCUUCACAUAAAGGCCACAUGCUGAAAAUCAAAGAAAGUAGAUUUUUUUGGACAUCUUUGACCAACCAGAAUGUACUUACACAAUAUCAAUAUCCUAACAGCAGCAUUGUCAACUGAAUUGAAAAUUUAAGUUUUCGUUGAAUUUGGUUGCGAGAGACAAUGAAAGGUUUCUCAUGGUUACUAGAAUCAGCUGAAGCGUAAAUGUUAGACCACGUUUUUUUUUUUCAAUGGUGGUUCAGGGUGGUUUGUAUAUUAUUAUGCUAUUUAUUAUAUAUUAUUAUAUUAUUUUUAUAAACUAGACAUUUUUUAGACUGUGAUAAUAUUAUACAUAUGUGUGCAUGUGUGUGUGUGGAGAUAUAUAAUUCAUGUUAAAUUAUUUGUUAAGUUUUGUAUUUACAUAAAAUAAAUCAUUAAUAUUGAAAUAUUACAUAUCUAGCUUGACUAUUUAAGGAAUAGGGAGAGCUAUUGUACUCACCUAGGUGUCAGUGUUACACUUUGGUUAAGAUUUUGCAUGCAAGUUGGAAUCUCCAAACGUACUGAGGGGAAUGGGUAGAAACUUCACAAACUUAGUCAAGGAGGUCACUAUCUAAGACCUAUAACUCUAUCUUGGAUUGUGAAUGAAUUAUGGCCUUUUUGAACUUAGAAAAAUCUUUUUUUUUUCAGGCUAUCAAGCAUUAUUAGAAUAGUUGAGCAUGCUGCCCUACCAACAGCUCUUUUAUAAAUAACAUUCUUAGAAUAAUCAAUAGUGUAUAUGAACUCCUAAUUACUUGACAUGUUUGAUCCAAAUAAAGAAAUGCAGUUCUUUCAUGGUAUAUUUUUAUCAUUGAACUAGUAAACAUGUGAAUUUUAACCUGAGCAUUUUUAGUCCCCUACCGGUUUAACCGGAGGGGACUUUAGGUUUACCCUCCGUCCAUCUGUCUGUCCGUCCGUCUGUCAGUCUGUCUGUCAGUCCGUCAGUCCACAAAACUGGAUCCCGCGAUAACGCAAAAAGUACUGAAAAUAUUUUUAUGAAACUUGAUAUAUGGAUAGAUGGCAGUAUGGAGAUUAUGCACGUCUUUUUUUUUUCUUCCUAUGUUGAAAAUUCUGGUUGCCAUGGCAACAAAUAGUCUGAAAAUAUGGCAAAUCUAACACAUAAACUGGAUCCAGUGAUAACUCAAAAAGUACUGAAAAUAUUUUUAUGAAACUUGAAAUAUGGGUAGAUGGCAGUCUGGAGAUUAUGCACAUCCUUUUCUUUUCUUCCUAUGUUGAAAAUUCUGGUUGCUAUGGCAACAAAUAGCCUGAAUUUCAAGAUUUCCGUU